GUGGAAAGUAAAAUAACUAACAAAUCUAGGUGGGAUUCAAUAAACUUUUUAGAGAAAUUAUUUUUAACUUGGGUUUACCCUCUAUUCUGGAAGGGAUGGCGAACAGAGAGUCUAUCGUACGAACACUUAAGCCGAUGCUCUAAAGACGAUGAGGCGCUUGUAGUGGUUCAACAAUUGGAAAGCAAUUGGGACAUUGAACGCCGUAAGCGUAAUCCUAAAUUCUGGUGGGCGUUGCUUAAGACUUUUGGCUUACAGUUUAUAAUCCCGGUCACUAUUUUUGGCACCGGGGAAUGUAUAGUGCGAAUUGGUCAGCCCCUACUUCUGGGCUUUGUGCUUGACUAUUUCAGAGGAGCCAACCACAUGAGUUAUCAACAUGCCUGUAUGGCUGCGGGUGGUAUUGUAGUUUGUUCAGCCCUGUACAUCACACUACACCACCCGUGCCUAAUGCGUAACCUACAGGUGGGCAUGAGAUUGCGUAACGCGUGCACUACUCUCAUGUACCAAAAGUGUUUAAAACUGAGCCAAUCAUCGCUAGCAAAGACCACUGUCGGC